AUGACUGUGACGUGUCUAUUUAUAAAAUAUUAUCACACAUCCCUCCCCUCCUUCCCUGUAUCUCUAAUCCUUGCCCUCCCUAACCCUCUCUUGAGUUCAAGAACCGAAUGGUUUUCGUUGCUUCAACUUCGAUCUUCAUUGGGUAUAAGAGCAAAAAACUGGCCAAGAAAAACCAAACCAUGCCGGAACUGGACCGGAAUUCAUUGCCAAAAGGGUUCAGUUAUCGGAAUCAACAUUUCCGAUUUCAGAAGAACACAUAAAGCUAGUCUUCACCCAAGUUUCUCUGUUGAUGCACUUGCCAAUUUUACCCGUUUAGCUUCCUUCAAUGCUUCAGGUUUUGUGCUUAAUGGUUCUAUUCCUGAGUGGUUUGGUGACAAAAGCAAUAACAACUACCUUGGUGCACUCCAGGUGCUUGAUUUAAGUUCUUGCUCAAUAACUGGCUCUAUUCCUGAGUCAAUUGGUGGUUUGAUUUUGUUGAAGUCUGUGUUACUUUCUGGGAAUAGCUUAACUGGUAGAAUGCCUUCAGGUUUGGGAAUAUUGUCUAAUUUAAUUGUGCUUGAUCUCUCAGAAAAUGAACUUUCUGGGUCUAUUAUUGAUUCAUUGUUUUCACUUGGUAACCUCACAAGUCUUAAUCUUUCUUCCAAUUACUUAUCUGGGAAUGUUCCGAAUCAACUUAGUAACCUUUCAGGGCUUGAAACUUUGGACCUUUCCAACAAUGCACUAACUGGUAAUGUGCCUAGUGUCUUGUUUUCUCGCCUUUCGAAACUUCGAGUUCUCAAUUUAAGUGGUAACUUUAUUGAUGGUGAUCUUCCUGAUACUUUGUGGUCAUUACCGAGCUUGCGUUUCGUUGAUGUGUCCAACAACAACCUUACCGGUCCUCUACCGAAAUUUUUCGGUUCAAAUACUAGUUCUACUGAUGCCACAUUCAAGAGAGAAUCAUAUGUUGUGGAGUUGGAAUUAUUAAGCAAGGUUUCACAUGCAAGAUUGAUCCCAAUCUUGGGACAUUGCUUGGAGAAUGACAAUGAGAAAUGUAUAGUUUACAAGUAUAUGCCAAAUGGAGAUUUGGCAAGUUCUUUGCAGAGAGUCACCGAUGCAGAUGGUAAAUCGAAGUCCCUUGAUUGGAUCACGAGAUUGAAAAUCGCUACGGGAGCUGCCAAAGGCCUUGCUUAUCUACAUGAUUGCAGCCAUCCCCUCGCUCACAGAGAUGUUCAAGCUAGCAGCAUACUUCUUGAUGAUAAAUUUGAGGUGCGACUUGGAAGUUUGAGUGAGGUUACCACCCAAGGAGAUGUCCAUCCUGGUGUCAUGAACAGGCUGUUCAUCAAGCCAUCAUCUUCUAAUCAACCAAAUUUUGGUAAGUAAACUUGUUUACCCUUUCUAGUUAGUUUUCAUCCAAGUGUUGAUGGAAGAGAUUUAAAUGCAGCACAUUAGUCCCAUUGAACAACUUU